AGGAUCUCAUUCCCUCCCGCUCUCACUUGAGCUGCCCAGUGGACUGCUCUGCUUCGUUGGACUUGGAGUAGGCACUAGGCAGUAUGGCAAGGCCGUCUCCCGUUGAGGCAAGCGGUGGUCCGGUGAUGGGAGACAUCACCGGCGGCGGUGGAGAGCUUCGAGUCCAGAUAGCAGCCAACUCCGGCGGGCAAGGUGGCAAGGUCGUCGGCGCCGCGCCGGAGAAGUGUCUGAAUCGCUUCGUCCGCGUGGUGGCGCUGAUGGAGAGGACGGGCAACGCCCUCGGCACGCUGGCCUUCACCUGGGCUACCGUCAUCCUCCUCGGCGGCUACCCCACCGUGCUUGACUCGAAGCCGAAGAACAAUAGCGACUAUUGGUUCACGACAGUCAUCGUAUUCAUAGAAGCCGCAAGGAUGUUCAGCAGCGACAAAUCCGAUUAUCAGUUGUUCUUCCGAGCAAGAGGUGCUUUCAGAUUCCUUGGAAGCAGUGGACUGAUUGCAAUCGUAUUCUUUUGGGAUGCAUACGCAAUGCUGGGCAUGGUUGCUUCGAACUUGCCUGCCUGGGCACACAACUUACUUUCAAUCUUGUUAAUACUGGUACCACUUGCGAUUGGCCAGCUUCUAAGAGCAGCUCGAAGACCGACCAGUAAGUUUAACUGGCUGUGGCCUGCGAUCUGUCUGGUCGCAAUCCUAUUGCUAGCUUUUCCAGUACUUGUAUAUUACGACCCGCGAAUGCACAAAAUCAAUUUCAUAAACCGAUUGACCGUGUGGAUACCGUACAUAUUUCUCUCUGCGAUUGUGCUCCUAGUAACGAUCAGCAGGCUGCAGUACCCAAUUAUCACAAACCUAGUGCACGGUGCUCUGGGCAGCAAGCAUGCAUUUUGGAGUCGGUUUAUUCUAAUUUCAUGCAUCUUUGCUGCAAUAGUGAUGCUGGUUGUCAUGGUUGAUCCAGAGUGUCGAUUAAUUAUGAUCGCGAUCGCAAUCAUACUGUCAUUUGGCAACUUACAUAUCCCAGCAGCACUCAUGCGUGUCAACCUCGCGGGGAUGCGCCUUGCAAAACAUAACUACUUCGGUGUUGAUGACCGACAAAAUCUUGGUGAAUCUCUAACCAUAUUCUAUAGCAUGGUGCUUGGCCAAGGAAUACUUUACAUCGUUGCAGGCAUACUGGAGGUCUUCUCGUUCAUCCCUCGGAGAACCCUCGUCCGCCGUGGUGGAUUCACAGGCCAAUGGGGAGUUGAAUCUGUCAAUCUAUACUACACAUACGCCUUCGAGAAAAACAUGGAAGGAGGUGUAUUUGCUGCAAAGAGGAUCAGCCUCAGCAACUUUGCCAUGGAUUCUAUAAAUUCUGACUUGUCCAAGAAACAGCUGUAUGGGAUCUGGAUGAUGCACAUUUUUCUGCAGAGAGAUCCGACCAGGGCACAGCUACUGGAGAAACUGACCACUUCAACGCAGACCAUGGCUAGGUUAAUCAGUAUGCUGGGCUGGACUAGCAGAAAUGAUCAUACAACUAUCAGGUUAUAUGCCGCCAAGGUAACUGCCGAGCUUGCAAAGAGCCUCCGAGUUGUAACUGUCCCUGGGACGAUGUACCUUGUUUCUACACUCCUGGAUACUGACAGAAAACCAAAAAGAAGACACCCGCUUCUGGAUGAAGAUGAUGAUCGAGAUCCUUUAUUUGUUGAUACAGUAGAAAGUCAGGAGAAAAGUCUGGAUGCAGCUGGUGAUCAAGGGCAAAGACAAGGGUCAGCUGGGGACACUGAUAUCAUGCUGAAAACACCAACCCGAUCAACGCACAUGAACAACCCAAGAUCCACAUACAAAUGCUGGGAAUCCACAUACAAAUGCUGGGAGAGGAUAUCAGAGUACCAGUCAAUUCCCAAGGAGCGACCAUUAACAGACGAUGAUCUUCUCCCUGCACUAGGCAUGUCAAUUGUUUAUAGCCUUGCUGGUUGUGAUCAAAAUAACUGUGUGGAAAUCGACAAAGUAACUGACCUGAUCCCAAAAAUCAUUGGAUUCACAAGCUUCAGAAGCGCAACGUUAAAUUCCGAAGCACAACAGAAGGUUCUCAUAAAGUUAUCACUGCAGGCGCUGCAGAGGCUCACAAGCAUUGAAGGGGAAAUUGGCAUGACACUGCGGUACAAGAUAACAAAACAUCCCUUCUUACUGCGAAAUCUUGCAGAGAUCUUGAGAGACAGCAGCAGUAGCAAUCAAGAACUAAGGAGGCUCGUGGCAGGAAUCCUUAGAAAUCUUGCCAUUGACAGAGACACAAGGCAGGAGAUUGGACAAAUGCAAGUGCUCAUUACCAGGCUGAUCAAAGCAUUCCUCGAUUCCAACGGACCAUCUAGUUCAGAUGUUGAUUGCUUGCUGCCAAAGGUCGCUGGGCAAGCACUGGUAAUGCUGUCAUUAGAAAAUUCACAUAACUGCUUCGUUAUAUUGAAGGAACCAGAGUUUAUUAAUAAACUAAAAAAUAUGAUACUAAUCCAUGAUGAUAAAUACAUAUAUGUGGCAGCAAGCCUGUUGCGUAAUAUGUGCCUGCACGCUCAACCCGAGCUCACAGAAUUAGACCUAAAGGAACUAUCUCAGACCUUGCGAGAGGUGUUGGAAAGAAUAAUGGACGCUGAAGGGGCGGAACUAGAAAUCCUGAUUGGCCUUAGUUCACAGAUAUGCAAACUCAUUCCUGAAGAAUUUUCCCAACAGCUAGAGCAUGGACAGAUUAAGCGGAGAUUCAUUAAGAGGCUAGUGGACACACUGAAUGCAAACAUGAACCCAAGUUCUCAUUGCCCUGGGAUCCGGAGGGUGGUACUUGAGCAAUCCAUAUACAUGAUGGAGUACAAUUCUCACUAUGCCAAUUGUUUCAAUGAAUACCAGAUGAUGGACGCACUGUCAAUUGUAGAAUUGACGCCCUCAAGGGCUGAGAAUUACAUGGUUUUCUUGGGUGACACAGGUUUCAUGGAAUGUAACACACCUCUCUCUGCCCUAGCGGACAGGGCAAAAGAACUGAUGGGUCGUCAGUGGCUGCAAGGUAUCAACAGUGCCAAUUGAAAAAAAAUAUAAAAUGAUUUUGCAUAUAUACAGUCAGUAAGACCUUGCAUAUUGUUACUGCAGGGUAGACAAAGUGAUUCUGCAUUUACAGUCAGAAGACGACCCAUGUUGCUAGAAAGAAAAUAUAUUUACCUUUAAGAUGAGCUAAGGGUAUUGUAUCUGUACCUCAUUAAUCUUGCACUGUAAUCUGUGUGCUAUUGAUGAUUUAUCCAAUUAUCAUUUGUUGGAGUGGCCAUAUUGCAACUCCUAUCCCA